AAUUGCUGAACGGAUACCGUUUUAACGUUUAAAACGAAGCACAAGUGACAAAAUGUCUGACGAUUGGGAAGAGGAAUGCAACGUGUCUACUUUUGACAGCAAGCCAUUCGAAGGCAAUGGUUUUGAUAGUGGAUUUGGAGGUGGAUUUGAGGACAAUCCUACCAGUGGCUUUGCUGAAAGCGGAUUUGGGAGAGGAAGACGUGAAUUUGGGGGUGAUAGAUUCGACCAAAACUCAGACAGUGGCUUUGGUGGAAAGAGACGUGGUGGCUUUGGUGAUAGCACCAAUGACAAUGGUGAUGAAGGUGGUUUUCACAGUCGUAGAGGUCGUGGAAGGGGUGGUAGAGGUAGAUUUGACCAUCGCCAUGAUGAUUAUGCAGAGAAUGAUGAAGAUGGUGGCUUUGGUGAUAGCACCAAUGACAAUGGUGAUGAAGGUGGUUUCACAGUCGAGAGGUCGUGGAAGGGUGGUAGGGUAGAUUUGACCAUCGCCAUGAUGAUUAUGCAGAGAAUGAUGAAGAUGGUGGCUUUGUGGGGAACAAUAGAGGACGAGACUAGAGUCUUUGAAAAUGGUGUAAUUCUAGGUGAAGGUGGUGAAGAAGGAGAAGAAAAACCCCAAAGAGUAACAUAUAUUCCUCCUGCACCUCCUGAAGAUGAGGAAGAGAUUUUCACGACCAUACAACAAGGAAUAAACUUUGAUAAUUAUGAUAACAUAGCUGUGGAAGUUACUGGAAGGGAUCCAGUUAAGCCUAUCAAUAGUUUUGAUGAGGCAGCUCUUUACGAGACUUUUAAAUCAAAUCUGGACGAGAUGUAA